AAACCCAGGGAACCAAAUGUUCAUGUGUCUCAGAUCACAAUUCAGGGACAUGUGGGCUAAUCAGGCGUGAACCCUUUGAGGUGAACGGUGGCAUUCAGCAGCAGCUGGAUCAAGAAGUCCUGCACUACGACUACCACGCCUCCUUCUUCGACAUCUUUCUCCUGGCUGUGUUCAGGUUUGCUGCGCUCAUCUUGGCCUACGCCGUCUGUAAGCUUCGUCACUGGUGGGCCAUCGCUGUCACCACUGCAGUCUGCUGCGCCUUCCUGAUCGUUAAGGUCAUUUUAUCAAAGCUGCUGUCUCAGGGGGCCUUUGGGUACCUGCUGCCCAUCAUCUCCUUCGUGUUGGCCUGGAUUGAAACAUGGCUGCUCGACUUCAAGGUUCUGCCUCAGGAGGCCGAAGACGAAAACAGAUAUCAGUCCUUCGUGGACGCCACAGAGCGACCUGCUCUCAUGUGUCCGGGUCCUUUGUCUGACGGACAGUUCUACUCUCCUCCAGAGUCUGUGGCAGACUCUGACGAGGAACUGGAUGAUAAACAUGAUCCAGAGAAAGGGCUCAUUCAGCAGGUGACUUAACAGGAUCAUCACGUCUGGGUUGUUUCGCUGUUUUUGCUCCUGUUGUGCUACUGAGGGAAAAUUCUGCCUUAUGCAUUCUGACGUUUUAGUUUUUUAUUCACCUCAAACUGUCUUUGAAUCUAUGAAUGCACUUCAGCGUCUGAUAUCAGCCUCCUGCAUGAACAGAGAACGGCAAAGUGCAGCUUAAAAAGCAAUGUCAGUGUCUUAUUAUUAUUAUUAUUGUUUCAGAAUUGAGUCUUUUUUUUUCUGGAUCAUUCUGAGGAGAAUUCAAACGAAAGGAUUUUUCUUUGAACAUUUGUCUGACACCAAACUGGUUAAACAAACGGAAUCAUCACACUUUUGAUCAAUUUAAGAAUCAGACCAACGUUGUUUCCUUCUUGAGGGCACUAAUGUCUUAUAUUCACGUCAUGCUUACUUUCAAUUUGUUGAUCAUUUCCACGUGAUCGGAUUCGAAGUCACUGUAAAAAAAAAUAAGCUCGUUUCAUUGACUCUGCAUCAAGAAAACACAGAAUCUUUCGGCCAGUACUGAAUUAAUGGACGGUGUUUGUAGAAAAUGAAAGUCGUAAUAUUGAACUCGACUCUUUCAGGUCUUACAGAUCACUGAAACAACUUGCAUGGAUCAUUGGAACUAUAUUAAUAGAAUAAGAUCAAACAUCUGGGGACACUGAACUGUAUCCGCUGUAAACUGCUCUCAAACGCUGUAGGAGCGUGAGGUGAGUCGGGGAGGGGAAAAAAAUACUUGUACAUAUCUUCAUGCAUGCCUUGCCCAGUGGUUUUGUUUUUAUGGAAAGCUUGUCUGUAAACUGGAAUCAUUAAAAUGUGAAACUCUG